AUGCCGCCUCGAGAUACCAAGUUCAAGCUGAACACGGGCGCAGAGAUCCCAGCCAUCGGUUUCGGGACCUGGCAGGACGAAGAAGCCCAGGAGAAGGCUGUCGAGGUCGCACUGCAGGCGGGAUACCGUCACAUAGACACAGCUGCCAUCUACGGCACAGAAGUAGCGGUGGGCAAGGCGAUCAAGAAGUCUGGCGUCCCCCGCAAGGAGAUCUUCAUCACUAGCAAGCUGUGGAACAACAAGCAUAAGCCCGAGGACGUCGAGGGGGCGAUCGAUGCCACCCUCAAGAACCUGGGGGUCGACCAUCUCGAUCUAUAUCUCAUGCACUGGCCCGUUGCCUUUGCGCCUGGAGACGACCCUUUCCCCAAGGAUGAUGCCGGCAAGAUGAAGAAAGCCGACAUCGACUAUGUAGACACGUACAAGGCGAUGGAGAAGCUCAUCGACGCCGGCAAGACCAAGGCCAUCGGCAUCUCCAACUUCUCCAAGGGUGAGACGGAGCGUCUGCUGAAGAACACCACCGUCGUGCCGGCCGUCCACCAGCUCGAGCUUCACCCGUGGCUCCAGCAGCCGGCCUUCAUCGCCUUUCUGAAGUCCAAGGGCAUCCAUGUCACCCAGUACUCGUCUCUCGGCAACCAGAACGAGAUGUACGAGCAGGCCGGCAAGAUGCUGGACUCGCCUGUCCUCACGGCCGUCGCGAAGAAGUACAACAAGACCGCCCCCCAGGCCGCCCUAGCAUGGGGAAUCAACGAGGGCCACUCGGUGCUGGUCAAGUCGAAGACGGAAGCGCGCAUCAAGCAGAACUUCGAGUCCGACUUUGAGCUGAUGCCGGAAGACCUGCAGCUUGUGCAUGAGAUGAACAAGAACAGGCGCUUCAACGACAUGAGCGAGGCCUUUGGCUACAACUGCUUCAGCGACCUCGACAAGUAG